AUGAAGAUGACGUGCAUAAGUGCGGGCGCUGCCAGUCGGAGUUCACCUCCUUGGAAGAAUUUGUGCAGCACAAAUUACAAAAGGUCUGCCAGCGAGCUCCAGAAGCUCUCGCUGCUGCGUCAGCAGGUCUCCUCAACCAAGAAGUCGUUCCUUCUGUGGAGGAGUCGAUAACUGUUGCUCAUAUAGUUGUUGAAGCAUCUUCAAUAGCAGAGGACAUCAGCAACGCAUCUGCUCUAGUAGGUAGUGGGCACAUCAAAGAAGUCAUUGUGGCAGGUGACCACGUUUUUGAAAACCCAAAUGGUCACGUUGAUGGGGAAGUCGCCGAGGAGCAAGGCAACCCCGACGAUCCGGAGCAGGAUCUUUCCACAGAACUGAUAAAGGUGAAGCUGCUGGUUAACAAAGAGGGGCGAUACGUGUGCGAAUUGUGCCAGAAGACGUUUAAAACGGCCAGCAUCCUCAAAGCUCACAUGAUCACGCACAGCAGCAGGAAGGACUAUGAAUGUAAACUCUGUGGAACGUCCUUCAGGACAAAAGGGUCUCUGAUCCGACACCACCGGCGUCACACGGAUGAGAGACCUUACAAAUGCAAGAAAUGUGGGCAAAGCUUCCGGGAAUCGGGAGCUUUGACUCGGCACCUGAAAUCUCUGACACCUUGCACCGAAAAAAUUCGCUUCAACAUGAACAAGGAAACAGUCGUCAAUAAAGAGGAUUUGCCAACAGGAUCCUGUAGUUCAAACACAGACACCGUUUCGUCAAUAGCGAGUGAAUCCUUCGAGACCUCACCCGUCAUUCAUCUUGUGACAGAUGCGAAGGGCAACAUUCUUCAUGAAGUCCACGUCCAAAUGCAGGAGCUUCCUGUCGUCGAUGCGAAAUCCUUGGAUCAAGAUCAGUCACAUCCCGAGGAGCUGCCGUGUGAGGGGGAAGUGAACAGUGAGAACCUGCUGCGGCAGGCCAUGAGGAAUUCGGGGAUUGUGAUCGAGAGAGUCGCUGUGGAGGAGCUGCAGAAGCCCGAUCAGCCUGCCGGGGCUGCUGCAGAAGAGCUAGACAGCGCAGCGGUGGAAGCAGAAGAGGAGGCGUGUGGGGAACAGUGUGUGGAAGUCGAACAAGCAGAGUCUGUAUAGGCAGAGCGAACAAACGGCUACAAGCGUUACCUUUGCCCUCAGUGCAACGAAGCCUUCAGCGAUGCUUCUUCCUUUGAAACGCACAUCAAAGCUCAUUUAGAUUUCAAGCCUUUUAAGUGUGAGGAGUGCGGCAAAGAGUUCACCAAGGGCUACCUGCUGAAGAAGCAUCAAGAAGUGCACGUGAACGAGCGGCGCUUCCGCUGCGGCGAGUGCGGCAAGCUCUACAAGACCAUCGCCCACGUGCGCGGGCACCGCAGGGUGCAUUCCGACGAGCGGCCCUACCCCUGCCCCACCUGCGGCAAGCGCUACAAGACAAAGAACGCCCAGCAAGUCCACUUCCGCACGCACUUGGAGGACAAGCCCUACGUCUGCCAGUACUGCAGCCGGGGCUUUCGGGAGAAGGGCUCGCUGGUCCGCCACAUCCGCCACCACACGGGGGAGAAGCCUUUCAAGUGUUACAAGUGCGGGCGAGGGUUUGCAGAGCACGGCACCCUCAACAGGCACUUAAAAACCAAAGGUGGCUGCCUCCUUGCUUUGAAAGAGGUGGAAGAAGUGAUCGUGUCUGAGGAGAGUCAGUCAGCUGACAACUUGGCUGCGACAGUCAUUUCUGAAGAUCCUCACACUGUCCUGGUCGAGUUUUCUUCCGUGGUGGCGGACACUCAGGAGUACAUCAUCGAGACUGCUACUGAAGACAUGGAGACCAGCGAAGCUACCGAAAUAAUAGAGGGAACGAGACAUGAGGUCGACAGCCACAUUAUGAAGGUGGUGCAACAAAUAGUCAAUCAGGCAAACUCUGGUCACCAGAUCAUCGUGCAGAACGUCACCGUGGCAGAAAACUCGGGAGUAACCACAGAUGCUGCCGACACCAUCACCAUCGCCACCCCCGAGAGCCUGACGGAGCAGGUCGCCAUGACGCUGGCUUCCGCCAUCGGGGAAGGCGCCGUGCUCACCACGGAGGGUGGCAUCGAGGCGGAAGAAGCAACGGUGACGAUGGUGGCGUCCGAGGACAUCGAAAUCAUGGAACACGCAGGGGAGUUUGUGAUUGCCUCCCAGGACGGGGAGGUGGAAGUGCAGACUGUGAUUGUGUAAGGAGCAGCGUGCCGCUGGAGACAGGUGUUAACGUAAAGCUUCCUCUUUUUUCCAGUUUGGGGAAGUUGGUCAGUGCUAAGUCUGCCAUUA